GCAGGUACUGUUAUUUUCUAUUUAGCAGAUGCGGGAAACAAGACUUGGAAGCGAUUGAAUGACUUGGCCUAGCCAGUUACAGGAUUAGCAGUUGUUUGGUGUCUGGCACAUAGUAGGUUUUUAAUUAAUAAUUGAUGAACAAAUCGCCCCAGAUGUCUCUGAUUCCACAGGCAGCCUUGAAUAGAGGGCUUGACUGAGCCAACAGCAAUGACAGCUUCCGUUUACUAAGCCCUUACCUGUGUCCGCCCUGCCUUAGCUGCGUGAAUUCACUCAUUAAAGCCUGACAGCGAUCUUUUGAGGCGGUUCCGGCGAAGGGGGAGACCAAGCAGGACUGCAGCCUGGGACCCGAGCUGCCGAGUGAAGGGUCACCUAUGGCUGCUGAUGAAGGCUCAGCAGAGCAGCAGGGAGGGGAGGCCCACGUGGCUGCAGAUGGGGAAACCAACGGGUCCUGCGACAAGAGCGAUGCCAAUGGCCACCCGGCCGCUGUGAAGCACACUCAGGAAAGCACGAGAGUCAGCCCACAGGAAGGAGCCGGUCCGGUUGCCCGGAUAGCGGAAAAUGGGAUUUUGGACAGAGACGCUGAGGUGGGGAAGCAGAACCACAUCCGAGCCGACGGCUUCACUCAGACUCCCGUUGUCGGGAGCAACGGCUACUUCCUCGGCAAGGCCCCCCUGUCUGAGCCACCGCUGCGGGUGGCUGGCGCCCUGGCCUCCUCCCUGCCCGGUCACGCCGCGAAGACCCUCCCUGGUGGGGCUGGCAAAGGGAGGACUCCUGGCGCUUUUCCCCAGCCGCCGGCCGCCAUGCCCGCCAAGCCCGGGGAAGCCAGCAAGGACACAGAGGACAAGAAGGCCCCGGCCCCGGCCCCGGGCGCUGACGUCAAGGUCCACAGGGCUCGGAAGACCAUGCCGAAGUCCAUCCCGGGCCUGCACGCGGCCAGCAAGGACCCCAGGGAAGGCCGGGAUGCCCGUGACCCCGAGGAGCCGAAAGAGGAGUUGAGCAGAAACACCUCGGAUUUUGGACGACAGCAGCUUUUACCCCCCUUCCCGCCCCUUCACCAGUCGCUACCUCAAAACCAGUGCUACGUGGCCACCACGAAGGCACAGACAGCUUGCUUGCCUUUUGUUUUAGCAGCUGCAGUAUCUCGGAAGAAAAAACGAAGAAUGGGAACCUAUAGCCUGGUUCCUAAGAAAAAGACCAAAGUGUUAAAACAGAGGACGGUGAUUGAGAUGUUUAAGAGCAUAACUCAUUCCACGGUGGGCUCCAAGGGCGAGAAGGACCUGGGUGACGGCUCCCUCCACGUGAACGGGGAGAGCCUGGACAUGGACUCUGAGGAGGAUGACUCGGAGGAGCUGGAGGAGGACGAGGACCAGGGCGCCCAGCCGGCUGCUGCGCGCCCUGCUGAGGACGGCAGGGCCUCCAGGGAUGCUGCGCUGGAGCCUGACCGCAGCCAGAAGAUGGAGGGCGAAUCUGAAGAGGAGCAGGAGUCGGCCGGCACCGGGGAGGAGGAGGAGGAUGGAGACGAGUCCGAUCUGAGUUCUGAAUCCAGCAUCAAGAAGAAGUUUCUCAAGAGGAAAGGGAAGCCUGACAGCCCCUGGAUCAAGCCAGCAAGGAAGAGGAGGCGGAGAAGUAAAAAGAAGCCCUGCUCCGUGCUAGGUUCCGAAGCGUACGCAUCGUCUUCAGGAAGCGCAGAGCAGAUGGCACCCAGCGACGGCACGGGGUACAUGGAGGUUUCGCUCGACUCCCUGGAUCUCCGAGUCAAGGGCACACUGGCUUCCGAUGCAGAAGGGCUGGCCAACGGUCCCGACGUAGGCGAGACGGACGGCCUUCAGGAGGUGCCCCUCUGCAGCUGCCGGAUGGAGACACCGAAAAGCCGAGAGAUCGCCACCCUGGCCAACAACCAGUGCAUGGCCACGGAGAGCGUGGACCACCAGCUGGGCAGGUGCACGAACAGCGUGGUCAAGCAUGAGCUGAUGCGCCCGUCCAGCAAGGCGCCGCUCCUGGUGCUGUGUGAAGACCACCGGGGCCGGAUGGUGAAGCACCAGUGCUGUCCCGGCUGCGGCUACUUCUGCACCGCCGGUAAUUUUAUGGAAUGUCAGCCCGAGAGCAGCAUCUCUCACCGUUUCCACAAAGCCUGUGCCUCUCGAGUCAAUAAUGCCAGUUACUGUCCCCACUGUGGGGAGGAGACCUCCAAGGCCAAAGAGGUGACUAUCGCAAAAGCAGACACGACCUCCACCGUGACGCUGGCCCCCGGGCAGGAGAAGAGCUCCACAGUGGAAGGCAGGGCCGACACCACCACAGGCAGCACUGCUGGACUCCCGCUCUCAGAGGAUGACAAGCCGCAGAGCACAGCCCCCCAGGUGCCUGAGGCCUUCGACCCCAUGGGGCCGGCCGGGCUGGGGAAGCCAGCACCCGGCCUCUCCCAGGGACCCGGGAAGGAAACCCUGGAGAGCGCGCUCAUCGCCCUGGACUCGGAGAAACCCAAGAAGCUCCGCUUCCACCCGAAGCAGUUGUACUUCUCGGCCCGACAAGGGGAGCUGCAGAAGGUGCUGCUCAUGCUGGUUGACGGGAUCGACCCCAACUUCAAGAUGGAGCACCAGAGCAAGCGUUCCCCCCUGCAUGCUGCGGCGGAGGCCGGCCACGUGGACGUCUGUCACAUGCUGGUUCAGGCGGGCGCCAACAUCGACACCUGCUCAGAGGACCAGAGGACCCCGCUGAUGGAGGCGGCAGAAAACAACCACUUAGACGCGGUGAAGUACCUCAUCAAGGCCGGGGCCCUUGUGGAUCCGAAGGACGCAGAGGGCUCCACCUGUUUGCACUUGGCUGCCAAGAAAGGCCACUAUGAUGUGGUUCAGUACCUGCUGUCCAAUGGGCAGAUGGAUGUCAACUGUCAGGAUGAUGGCGGCUGGACGCCCAUGAUUUGGGCCACUGAGUAUAAGCACGUGGACCUUGUGAAACUGCUGCUGUCCAAGGGGUCUGACAUCAACAUCCGGGACAACGAGGAGAACAUCUGCCUGCACUGGGCGGCCUUCUCGGGCUGUGUGGACAUCGCUGAGAUCCUGCUGGCCGCCAGGUGCGACCUCCACGCUGUGAACAUCCACGGAGACUCGCCCCUGCACAUCGCCGCCAGGGAGGACCGCUACGCCUGUGUCGUCCUCUUCCUGUCCCGGGACUCGGACGUCACACUGAAGAACAAGGAGGGGGAGACGCCCCUGCAGUGCGCCAGCCUCAACUCGCAGGUGUGGAGCGCCCUGCAGAUGAGCCAGGCGCUGCGCGACGCAGCCCCCGACAGGCCCGCCCUGGUGGAGAAGACAGUGAGCAGAGACAUCGCUCGGGGCUACGAGCGAAUCCCCAUCCCGUGUGUCAACGGUGUGGACGGCGAGCCGUGCCCCAGCAACUAUAAGUACGUGUCUCAGAACUGCGUGACGUCCCCCAUGAACAUCGACAGGAACAUCACCCACCUGCAGUACUGCGUGUGCAUCGACGACUGCUCCUCCAGCAACUGCAUGUGUGGCCAGCUGAGCAUGCGCUGCUGGUACGACAAGGAUGGCCGGCUCCUGCCCGAGUUCAACAUGGCGGAGCCGCCCCUGCUCUUUGAGUGCAACCACGCCUGCUCCUGCUGGAGGACCUGCCGGAACCGCGUCGUGCAAAAUGGCCUCAGGACGAGGCUGCAGCUCUAUCGGACACAGAACAUGGGCUGGGGCGUGCGGUCCCUGCAGGACAUCCCACUGGGCACCUUUGUUUGCGAGUAUGUCGGGGAGCUCAUCUCUGACUCGGAAGCUGACGUGCGUGAGGAAGAUUCUUACCUCUUUGACCUUGACAACAAGGACGGAGAGCUGUACUGCAUCGAUGCACGUUUCUAUGGCAACGUCAGCCGCUUCAUCAACCACCACUGCGAGCCCAACCUGGUGCCCGUGCGUGUCUUCAUGUCCCACCAGGACCUGCGCUUCCCCAGGAUCGCCUUCUUCAGCACCCGCCUCAUCGAGGCCGGGGAGCAGCUGGGGUUCGACUACGGAGAGCGCUUCUGGGACAUCAAAGGCAAGCUGUUCAGCUGCCGCUGCGGCUCCCCCAAGUGCCGGCACUCCAGCGCCGCCCUGGCCCAGCGGCAGGCCGGCGCCCAGGCUGCCCAGGAGGAUGGGCUGCCCGACACCAGCUCCUCCCCCGCCGACCCGCUAUGAGAGCCGCGGCCUGGGCGCCCAAGUGGAGGCCGUUCACGCUGCGGUUCGGGGAGAAAAGGAGAAGCACACGCGACGACGUCUGAGGUCCCGGCCUGGUGCUGGCGGGGCCGGGCUGCGCGGUGGGCGCUCUGGGACUCUGCACUGGCGUUGCCCGUGAGUUUCUGAUGGUGAUUUUGUCGUUUCCACGUUUCUCGUUUCCCCUCUGCUCUCCGUCGUUCCCGUCCUGCCGCUGGGCUUGUGGGCGGUGUCCUGUCGACCCAGACCCCUCCGUGUGGCCCCACCGAAGCCACCGUCACCCAUCCGCGGCCCGAGGGGCUGGUGCCGGCUCCUGGGGCCGCGCAGACCCUGUCCCCACCGAUCCUGAGAGGUCAGGGCCGAGCCGCCACUGACCUUGGAGAAAACGUGCGUUUGCUUUUUAAAGAAAUCCUAUAUCUAGUCCUAUAUACCAGACCUCUAACGCGUUUCUUUUCAAGGAAGCGGUCUGGGGGUGCAGGAGGGCCGUGGCCCACGGAGGACCCACACUUGCCCUGCGAGUGCCGUGAGGCCGGCACCUUCUGUUGAUUUCUAAGCCACACGCUCUGAUGAUGAAUAAACUGAUUUAUUUUCUACCAUUAUUGGACAUUAGGACAAACAAAAAAUAAAAAGCAGAAAACACAGACAACGGUGCUGAUUCUGGUGUGGUUUCUACUCACCAUGUGAAAAUAAACUAUCAACUGUAUAAAGAGAACAAAGUGAUUUUAGAAUAAAAUGCAGGAGAAAACUUUUUUUAAAAUGUUAGUCUUGUAGUGUGAAUAAAUUUGCCAUCAC